AUGGAGACUUCGUCUUAUCUAGCAGGGUUGGUUGUAAACCUGUGGAUUGCCACUCCUAGGCUCAAUCAGUUUGACACUACCAAUCAUCCGGAUAGAGGAAUCGAGACCAAGAUUUCCACCAUACUUUCCAAGGCCAGAGGGCUGAAACGGGUGGCAGUACCGCAUGAAUACAUACCCCGAAUAGGUUUCCCUCGAGUGAAGCACCUAAGUACUUCAAACGAUCUCUUUCCGCCGGCUAUGCCCGCUCUCACUUCACUAGAGAUUCUCCAUAUCCAUGGGCUCCCCGGACGUAAUUGUGUCAACACAAUCAUAUCUAGAUUUCUCGAACUCCGGAGCCUGAUAAUAGACGUAUUCUCUUCAGAGUCCGAUUCGGAUGUCUCAGUGCUUUGCGCCAGGAUGGUGUUACUGUUCCGACAACGCUUAAAGAAGAUGAUCAAGUUGAAAAUAAGCGCGAAUGCCAGCGUGAUCGAAGUGCUAAGGACGGGACUGAAAAAGACAUUGGAGGAAGAUCCGAGAUUAUGUUUGUCUGAGCGGUCAGGGGAGUUGGGAGGGGGAUUAGCGAAUCGGCCAUUGCAUGAUGGCUGGCUCAUGGGAUGUGAGCAGUAG